GUUUUGGUUUCUUCCACAGAUGUAAACAAAAAGAAAUGCAGCGGUUGUAUUUAAAUUAUGUUAUAAAUUAAACAACAUUAACAGUUUAUAUUGAAACUAUUUCCACAGACAAAUAAUUUAACGAUGGAAAGUAAGCGUUCAUAUAUGCGCAACAGAAAUCCGUUUGCAGUUGAUCCAUUACCAAAAGCGUAUUACCAUCCAUCUCCAGAAAGGCGUCUUAACAAGGCAGAGAAAUCUCUUUCCAUUAAACCAAGCAGCAGCUCAGAAGAUACAGGGGCAGACAAUGAAGAAAGUAGGAAGAUCAGUCCUGUGGAUGAGAUGUUUCUGAGAGGCACAAACAUGUAUCAGACAAGACCAAGCAAACCCCCUGGUGAUACAGAAGAUGAUGUCAACUUUGAUGAGUCAUGGCCCUGUAGUGAAAGGCCGUCAUCUGUAAGCCUAAAUGAGUUUGAGGAGGACAGCUCAGAUCAUUUGAAUAAAUAUCUAUCACGGAUUGACAGUUUAAUAGGAUUAAAGCCAAAUUCAGACUCUCUGGACGAAGCCGACUUGCUUGAAAGGAGAAGGAUGCCUGGAUCAUCAGCACGGGGUACUGGAGUUACUGCAUCUAGAGAUACUGGUAAGCCAUUAAAGAGUAGAAUUCCUGUAAAAGAUACCAGGCAAGGUGGUAGGAAGUUGAAAGCACAUGAUUUAGAACCAGAAGAUGAAGCUGAAACUGAUGGAUCUGUGUUACAGAGGUAUAUCAACAGAUUUAGGAACAGUGCGCCUAUGAGUCGUGAAGAAAGAGAGGAGCAGUCUAAAUCGGCAUCUCAGGAUUUCUGGUGGUUGUCUAAUGGUGCCCCACCUGCAAAAACACGAGAGAAGAAGAAAAAGGAUGGUGCAGACACCCAACAUACCACCCCACUAACUACAGUUAAUCUAGAUAAAUAUAAGGAACUACAGAAAUUGGCUGAUAAACAGCGGUACCCGGCACACAUACCAGAGUCACCAGGUGACAAGAGAACCAUAGAACUACAGGAGAGAGCAGAAAAAUUGUUAGAGAGAAGUUCGAGUACUGUGUUAUCUACAGACCCAGCUGUAUCUACAGAAGGACUUGGCAGUAAUACAAGUGACAUGUCCAGCCUUGACGAAUAUACAUAUAGACCUAAAUUUGCCAGCUAUUUAGAUUCAGACCAAAGGACUGGCUCCCACCAGUAUUCCCAGCCUCCCCUUCUAGGCCAGAGGCCACAGGCAGAUGCUGACCAGAGAGUAGGGUACCAGCAGUUUGUUCCUCGACCCAUGCCUGGUCAGAGACCACCAACGGGAGAUGAUCCAUUACACCAGUGGAGACUGAGGCGGCGGAUGGAACUUGCUCAACAAUCAGCACCUCAGCAUACCCCACAGUUUGACUUCAUCAAUAAAACUGAACAACAGAAGAAAAUAGACCAGAAAUUGGAAGAGUUCAAACAGAGGCUGUCGGGCCGGGCUCCAGCCCGAUCACAGGUGCAGUUUACACCAGCCCCAAUGCGACAGCAGGAACAAAUGCAGAGUCCACAGCGACCAGAAAGUGGAAGAUUUCAUGAACCUCAAAUUGCCAGUCCUAGUUUACAUGCACCGAAACCUAGGUCCGAGCCUGUUGAGGAGAUAGAUCCACACCUUCACCUCAUGUGUGAUCUGUUACCUUGCCCACACAGAGGACAGCUCCAGGGAACUACAGAUCAAGGAACUAGUAGUAAUACUAGAAGCAACUUUAAAAAAAAUGUAGGGACUAGAAAUAAUUCUGACUCGAAUCAGGAUGAAAAAUAUGAUAAAAUGGGCAAAUAUAAACAAUACUUGGAAGCGGAAAAGCCAGAUGUGGAAAAGUCUGAUCAUGAAACAGACAUUACUGAUGUAGACAGAGGGAAAAAUAUAAAAUCAGAUGAAAGAAAGGGUCAAAAGACUAUUCAGGAAAUAGAAAACAUGGUGAAAGACAUUGGUGCUGAGGAUGAUAAAAGUUCAAACAAGUCUGAUAUAGUUGAGGACAAUCUUAGUCAAAAAUCAGAUAGAAAGAAAGAAAAAGAGCAAAAUAGCGAACAUUCUGGAUCAGAGAGUGAAAGAUCAGAAACAAAGUCAAAACAUUCAGAGAAAGUAGCUGACAGUGAUGAGAGGCUGAAGGAGUCUGAAGACAAAAGGGAGAAAGUUAUGAAACCAAAACAUUCCAGUAGUCCUAAAAGUGGAAGGAAAGGCGUCAGUGCAGCCAUAGGACAGGCUGUAAAAGAGCAUUUAUUCAGUACAUCUACCAGCACAGUGUUAUCAAGUGUAGACAGUCUGCCACCUUCAGCUUCUACAGACAGGUUACCAUGGAAACAUAAACCACCAUCGCAUGAUCAGUCACAUGAUCAACAGGUCAGACAGCUGGAAAAUUAUGAUGUACCUUAUGAAUCAGAUGAAGAAUUCUCUGAUGAUAGUUUACUACAGAUGUUACGCAAACAAAGGGCUAUGUAUGAACAACAAUUACAGGAAAUAGAUAGUAUCCUCAACAAGGCGAAGAGUAGCUGACCUGUCAAGUGGAGUAAUUUUGUGUUCGUGUAACUUUUGCAGACUGUGAUGAUAUAAUAUAGUGCUUUCAAAAAAUAUAUUUAUUAUUUAUAUAUAAUACGGAACUGUGAUCGGAGGUGUAAACCUGAUUUGUGCCACAAAGUUAUUUCAUGGAAUUGGCAGAUUGCUUAUAAAAAUCUGUUAAAUUUGUUGCAUUUAGCCAGCUUGUUAUUUAGAAACACUUUAAUAUAAUUGUAAAACAUGACACUGAAAGGUCUUUAAAUCAUGCCGUGACACAGAGAGACCUUAUUGUGACUUUGUGAUGUAUAGUUGAAACUGGGUAUCUCACUUGUUUGUAUUGAAAUUCCAGUUGUUUGAAGAAAUUUUCAGAGUCAUUAAAAUUCCGUCUCAGUAUAUUGAGGGUUGAACAGAAAACUGUUGAAACUCAUAUUAGAUAAAUGAGGAGUUAAGAUAGUUUUCUGUUCAGCCCUCGAUAUAUAUUCUUACUUAUUGGUCAAAUCUGACAAACUGUGACUUCAUUUGUGUUGAAGUGGAUUUGAAGUCCUGUCUGUCAAAUUCUGUGCGUUUACAAAAAUGUAUAUCUCAGUGUCAAAGGUAAAAAAUGGUUACCUGCAAAAAGGGGUAAAUAUACAUUAAAUAUAAUAAAUAAAAACUAUAAGAAAAAGUUUUCCAACUGCUAAAUUCUUUCAAAAUGUAUACAAAAUGUAUAUUUCAUGUGUACGUAUUUUGUGACUGUCAACAAGUUUAGUGAAAAACACCUUUACAAUGUAUGGUAUACGUUUUAACCCUUAGCCUGCUGGCGGCAAGUGAUUCUGCCUUUGCGGCCAGGGCAAACCAAGAUCAGCCUGCACAACAAUACACUGCACUGUUUGCCAUUCAGUCAGUAUCUUUUUGGUCCUUUUAACAGUUAGUGGCACUGUCCAAAUUGAAAGAUGGACAAGUUCAUUAUAGAAAUUUAACAGGCUAUGGGUUAAUUUAAAUUUUGGUUAUCUCAAAGUAUUACACUUAAUCCCUUGGAACUCAAGAUACUUACUUUCAGCUGUAAUUGUAUUAGGCUUUAUGUCAAAAGUUGAAAUAUAUUUUUAGGGUAAUUAGUGUGACAAAGUUUACAUCAUUAAGAAGGCAAUGUAAUUCAUGGAAUAUAAAAUUUAUAUGACUUUUGUAACAGCUCAUUUGAUAUUCAUGUCUAAGUUAAGUUAUAGAAAAAAUAAAAUAGAAACUAGU